AUGAGAUUCACCGUAUUCGCCACUGUUCUCUCCAUGGCUGCUUUUGCCAUUGCUGCGCCUAUCGCUUCUGAGGACGUUGUAGUUCGUCAGAACCACGGCAUGUGCGUGAAGGGUACAGCUGGAACGAUUGAGGAGAUUGAAGGGUGCUAG